UACGAAAAUCUAAGCAGGUUUGGCGAAUUGAGCAUGAGCUGGUAAGGAAGGACGGGUCUAUUUGCGACUGGAAAUGGAUAAAAGUAAAAACUGAGUUAAAGGAAGGGAACACGAAGAAAGCGCUGAAUAUUACCCAACACCCGCCAUUGCCAUUUGCCGAUUUUGUAAACUGAACAAGCCAUGUCUUUCAACAAUUCCACCGACGUCCCAAGUGGCAACUUUACCCAAACGAAUACUUUUACUGCAAGUGCUCUAGAGCCGCUCUGGUUGGCUGUGAUACGACUUUCUGUUGAAGCAUUUAUUGCCUUGGCCGGUGUCAUUGGAAACUUAGCUGUGUGCUUUGCAAUAUCACAGCAUCGGUCACUGAAUACAGUUCCUACAAAUACGUACAUCAGAAAUGUAGCUGUUGGCGACUUAGCCUCCCUCCUUGUGUCUUUUCCUCUCGGAAUAGUCACGGAACGUUUCGCCUACUGGCCACUUGGCGAAUUCACAUGCCGAUAUAUUUUCCCGCUGAGCGACACCUUUUUCGGAGUGUCUAUUUGGUCAAUUACCGCCAUUGCCGUUGAAAGGCAUCGUAUACUGAACGCAAGGUUCCCCCAAAUGGCUUCCAGGUCAUUGGCAAAACCAAGAAUUGUAUGCGCUGUCAUUUGGAUCUUUUCAUUUCUUGGGAUUUCUUUGCCUCUGUUACUUGUAUUUGAUUACUACCAGCAAUCAGACGGAAUUUACUGUGUAGCAGAGUGGCCUAACAACGAGCUUUUUUACAUCUAUAGCAUGGCAUUGACCUUGGUCACCUAUGUUAUACCACUUUCCCUCAUCCUUAUGAGUUACUGUGCCAUCAAGCGCAAGCUGCGCAAGAGCGAAUCGUUCAACAUGGAAAUUGCAGAAAAUAGCUGCACGGGAAGCUUCAGAACCAGCCAAGUAAGCCUCGUGAAAACACGCAGUAAAAGAGUCAGUAAGAUCAUGACCCCAGUAGUUGUAGUUUUCGCAAUCACUGUUCUUCCACUCAGCAUUUUCCGAUUAAUUCCAAUCGAUUAUCACUUCAAAUAUCAAAAAUUUUCUUUCAUUUAUUUUAGGAUUUGCAUAUUUUUUUAUCUUUUCAAUUCUGCUUGUAACCCUUUCAUCUAUUCCCUCGUAAGCAGGAGGUUUCGUCAGUCAUUUAAGGAAAUGCUUUCUUAAACCUCAAUGAUUAGCGGUAAGUCACUUUUAGAGUUAGGUGGAAAAAGACAACACUUGUAGAUGUGGCUGUACUACCUGAAAAUAUUAUAGUUUAACCCUUGUAGACUAGCAGAUUGCAUAGUCGUUUUUCUACUGUCUUAAACUUAACAGUAAUUUGAGCUUUCGUGUUUCUCAAGCUUAAUUACCGUGGUAAAUCUAUGUUUGAUUGGUAAUAGGUGACAGCUUUGUGUUAAGGAGGGCUUUAAGAAUAGUCUGUCUGAAAAAUAAACCAUUUAAUCCAUAUUAUCUUGUCUAAUUUAAUGCAAAUGGAUUCUGCUGUUGUUAUAGUUGUUAUUACAGUCAAACCUGUAUUUUAGGACAGAGCAUUAAGCGCCACCUUAUUAAGCGAUCGGUUGUUAAACUCCCAUAUUUGUUUCCCCUUUGUUACUGUAAUUUUGACCCCUAAUUAGCGGUCACUUCUAUUAACCUUUUACAGCCUCACAUCAGUAAGCAUAUUCUCCAUACUGUUCUUUAUACAUUUCCUAAGGUCCUGACAAGGGGAAUUUGUUCGCCGAUCUAAAGGUUCCUUCCCUGGUGACCAUUUCCUAUAUUCUCAUGACCUUAAUGUGUGAUUCAGGAGUAAUAUUGUUGUGAGAAAAUAGAUGAUAGUCACUCUUAGAGGUUAAAGGGUUAAGCGGUCGUGGUCACUCGUGACUGAGAUCCAAAGGCCUGUUUUUAUUGUCUUGUCACUUAAAGAAAAACUGCUAAAAUAAAACUACAAAUAAUUUUUCAAGUAAAAUUCAAUCUGUUUAUCUCCAGAAAUAAAAAAUUCAGAGGUCAAUUAUGAUAAACUGGUGUUGUUUCUCUUUCUUUUUAAAUGACACCUCUAUUCUGUACAACCUGGAUUAAGCGGUCACCCUGUCAUUUACCGUUGGUGACUACUUAAUACGGUUUCGAUUUUAUGAGUAAUUGUUGUAAACAUAAUCUAUAAUCUAGAAAUUUUCAGACUAAUGAGUCAUGCUGACUUGCAUACCGUAGAACUUUUCAGAACAUUUCAUAUAGUCGCGUAUUUAUUAUGUAAUAAAAUAGUUAAUAAUAUAAUAUAAUAAUAAUAUGUAAUAAUAUGUUAAUAAUAAUAUGUAAAACUACAAUAGUUCUUGUGUAAGCGUCUGGAAUGUUCCAGAACACUUUUUGAAGAUAUAUAAAGCCUCGCUUAUGUAUUAGUAAGAGUAGUUGUUGUCGUCGGAGCGACGACUGCUAUAAAAGCUACACCAUGAGAGAGUUACUGCGGAAGAUUACUCGUUUCAAUGGACUUUGGAGACAACAGUGAGAUUGCGUCAGUGGUGAGCUAGGAUAUAGACUGUGUUAGGCUUAAUUAAGUUUAUUAACUAUAAGUUUUGUACUGCUUUAAGGAUUCGUUCCUUGUUAAGAACAUCACUAGUUAUUACUCGCUGUUUAAUAAAGUAGUUGAGUUUGUGGAA